AUGGAUCUCAACCCUCCCGAGCUCGUUGAGAACAAAGUAAUCGUCGAGAUUGAUACACAACCGAUCAAGCGCAGGAGGAAGAAGAAGUCCAUGGUGUGGGAUCACUUCACCACCGAGACAACCACCUCCGGAACCACCAAAGCCUUUUGCAACCACUGCAACAAGUCAUACGCCUACAUGUCCGGCGGCAAAGCUUCGGGAACAAGCCACCUCAAGCGUCACAUCGAGCUAGGUAUCUGCGAUAAGUGUCCCAAGACAAACCUCCUCGUCCCUAACAACAAGAAACAGCGGAGAGAUCAAGAUGGAUGCAGCCGUGAGAUGGCUAAGAUGAUCAUCAUGCAUGAUUACCCUCUCCACAUGGUCGAGCACCCUGGUUUCGCUUCUUUCGUCAAGGCUCUCCGUCCUCAGUACAGUAUAUCGAGUUUCGACGCCGUUCGCGGGGACUGCGUCGAGAUGUUCUUGUCCGAAAAGCAGAAACUUUCGGAGUUCAUCGGGGAGAUACCCGGUGGAGUUAACCUUACGGUAGACUUGUGGUUAUCAACGCGAUCAGUGGGAUACGCCUUUGUGACAGGACACUUUGUUGAUAGAGACUGGAAGCUGACACGCCGUCUCCUGAAUGUUUCUGUCGUGGCUUGUCCUGAUUCGGAUUCCGCGUUGAACCAGCCUGUUGCUGGUUGUUUAUCUGAAUGGAAGCUAGAGGGGAAAGUUUCGAGUCUCACCGUCAGCCAAUCAUCAGUGAGCAAAGCUUGCGUUGAUAAUCUAAGAGGUUUCUUGUCUUUUAGGAACCAGCACGUGUUGAACGGUCAGUUACUGAUGGGGGAGUGCUACGCUCGCGUGUUAAGCAGUAUGGCGCAAGAAGCACUUAACGCUGAUGAGGAGAUUCGAGAAGCGGUGAAGAAAGUCAGAGACAGUGUUAAGUGUGUUACGACGAACGAAGCUUGCGGAGACAAAUUCGAGGAAGUGAAGAGACUGUUUCAACCUUCUUCUUCUGCUCCGUACAGAGAUCUUCUCAUCGACAGCCAAGGGAGAUGGGACACGAGUUACGAGAUGCUGUUGGCUGGCUACGAACACAGACAGCUGUUUUCUUGUUUGGAAACGUGUUGUCCUGGUUACAAAAUAUCGAUAUCUCCUGAAGAGUGGAGGAAGAUUGAGAGUCUCUGCUUGUGCUUGAAGGUUCUUUACGAAGCGGGUGAGGUCUUGACUAGGCCGAACCACUUGAAAACAGCAAACUGUUUUUACAAAGAGAUGACCAAGCUUCAGCUAGAGCUUAGCCACCACACUGCCGUUGGUGAAGAAGGCCUUGGGAACCUUGUGAACUCGUUGAGGGAGAAAUUCGACUUGUACUGGAGAGGAUGUUACCUGGUUGCGGCGGUUGCUGCGGUCAUGGAUCCACGGUACAAGAUGCAACACGUGAAGGAGACCUUCACUGAGUCGUAUGGUGAAGAAGAUGCAGAAGAGUGGAUCAAGACUGUCGGUGAUGCCGUUCAUGACCUGUACCACAGCUAUAGUGACCACAACCUGAUUGAUUCUUACGUGGAUGAUGGCUUUACGGAAACAGAGGUGGUGGUGGUGGCUCAAGAACCUCACUUCCAUCAAGACAAUGGGAAAGAGCAAUUAGGAGGUGAGACAAGUCCACAAUCAGAGCAAACCACAGAGUCAUGUUGUCAACAUGAGACACAACCUAAGGUAGAGAAGCAGAAUGUGAGUGAAGAGUAUCAAGACCACACGUCGUUUAUGGAUGACGUGCUCCUCGAGGAAGGGUCUACUCUCGUCACAGUUGGAGACUCGUUUUCAGACUUUGAGAUUACUGACAUACCAGAGAUGAAACCGGAGCUGGAUCAGUACCUAGAUGACGGUUUGGUUUCGAAGUCGGAAGAAGACUUUGAUGUGUUGGGGUGGUGGAGAGUCAACAGCACCAACUACCCAACCCUCUCUAAGAUGGCUGCUGAUCUUCUCUCCGUUCCCUUCAGCACAGUCUCGGCUGAGUCUGUAUUCGACACAGAAGUGAAGCAGAUGGACAGUUAUAGGACCUCUCUUCCUCGUGGAACCUUGGAAGCUCUCUUGUGCACCAAGGACUGGCUCAAAAACCAAACAUUAUGA